CUCGUGAUUAGCUUCACACACGUUGCAUCAAAUUUUCCAACCGAACGAUGUUUCGUCUUCUCUCAUUAUGAUAUUGAUCCAACAAAGAGAAACGAGAGAGAGAGAGAGAGAGACUGUCAAAUUCCGAAAUUCUCUCUGCCAUGGCUCCUCUGUUUCUUAUCCUCGUCUCUCUCCCACUUCUCACCUCCUCCGGCGAAGAUCCGAGGCCUCUCCGCCGCGAAGUGUACGGCGGAGGGAGGAUCAUCGACGUCACCCACCGGGUGUCGCCGGAGUCGCUGGUGUGGGGAAACGGCGGCGCUGGAUUAGGGCAGUAUCUGCGGCUGAGGAGGAGCAUCAAGAACGGCAACAACACCAACUCCUCCGUCAUGAACCUAUCUGUCCACACAGGAACCCACGUCGACGCUCCCGGCCACUUCAUCGACCGCUUCUUCGAUGCCGGUUUCGAUGUCGAUUCUCUCGAUUUGGAUGUCCUCAUCGGACCUGGGUUGUUGGUUGAUGUUCCAAGGGACAAGAACAUUGCAGCUGAAGUUAUGGAAUCUCUUAAGAUUCCAAAAGGAAUCAAGCGUGUACUUUUCAGGACAUCGAACACUGAUAGAGGGCUAAUGUACAAAAAGGAAGAGGAUACGAGCUUUGUGGGAUUUUCAAGUGAUGGAGCAAAAUGGUUAGUGGAAAACACCGACAUCAAACUCGUUGGAAUCGAUUAUCUUUCUGUCGCAGCUUACGAUGAUCUUGACUCUGCACACAUUGAAUUUCUCAAGAACGGGGAAAUAAUUCCUCUUGAAGGGUUAAAACUGGACAAUGUGAAAGCAGGGUUGUACUAUGUGAACUGCUUGCCGAUGAGAUUGUACGGCGCCGAAGGAUCUCCUGUUCGAUGCGUUUUGAUUCCUUGAUCACACAAAAUCUUCUGUUUCCUAUUUUUUUUUCUGUGCAUUAUUAUAUCCAUGUUGUUUGAAUAAUUCUUAUGGUUAAUACGUAACCAUCUUGCAUGUUAUAACACUAAUUUGAU